UGAUAACGGCUGAGCGAGCCAUAUAUUGUUCACUGAGCGAGUGAUAAUAUCUGACUGAGAGAACCAGAGUAUUCUUCACUGUUCUGCUCUGAUUCCACACAGUGAGUAUGGAAGACUCGGCUGUCUCUCCGGUGCAGUCGGAGUCAAUGCGUGUGGACUUAGAGCCCCUCCAGGAACACCAGAUUGUGGAAGUCACAUACGACGGACAGGAGAUCUACAGAGCGCCGGAGUCAUUCGCAGAACACUUCAGCAAAAUACUCACCCAGAUAGACUUCGGGGAAACAUCACUGCCGCCGCUAACAGGUGUGAAACAGGGAGAAUCAGGCAAAAGGGGGAGCUCGAAAGCUUCGGAGUCAGAAAGUGACAAAGGAAAUGAAAUUCAUAAAUCGGAAACUGCAGUUGUCGCUGGAAUAAUAUCUCCUCUGAAAAGAGAGCUGACCUUCGACGAAACUUCCGACAGUAAUUCAAAAGCCUCAAAGACCUCAAAAAGUGUUCUAAACACAGUCAGACUCAAUGUUCAAAACGCUCUCACAGAAAUGAAUGUUUUAUUUGACGUGCUGCAAUUGGCGAAAGAUAGAAAAUGUCUCAGUUCUGACUUGUGCCACGCCAAUGUAUCUGUAAACAGCUCUCAAAACAACCAACCUGUCAAUCCGCAGCAUUCGUCCUCGUUUUUGUCGGUAGCGAAACGAACCAGUUUUGCAAACUCAAUUUCACUUCUCUCGAAGUUUUCAAAUCAGCUGAAAUCGAGACAAUCGCUAAGCUCUAAAAGUGAUGGUGAGUUUUAUGGCCAGCUUGUAGAGCUGAGAAAAUUCUGGAAGAUUCGUAAAACGCAGCAUACUUUGCUGGGAGACCUAUACGUACAAAGCUCUAAUUUCCACCAUUCCAGCGUUUUUGAGGUGGUCAAACGCGAUGGAGCUUUGGACGUUGUUUUGCCGAAAGAUUUGGAAAGUUUCGACUAUGAACUACAUGCCAGUUUUGUUGAAAAGUCAGACAUAGAUUCAUUACUGAAGUUCAGAAAAGCAAUUUCUUUUCAAGAAUCCGUAAAUUCAAGAGUGAAACACGAUGAAAACAAAAUAGUCCAUACAAAAUUGAAGUCAGCACAAAAGUCUUUUUUGAACAAGGAAAUCUUUUCUCAGAUGUGCAAAGAAGCUACCCAUAUGAAGCUAGCGUGUCAAUGUACAGUUCUUGACGAUCGAAUAAUAUGCCGGCUGACCGAACGGGAGGAUAUGAUUAUAUCUCUAGUUCGACAAAGGAAAAAUAUAUCCACUAAGACGGAAAGCUUAAUUCAAGACUCAGCAUCAGACAAUACCAAAAAGUCCCAGAGAUUUGAAGCUUUUGAAAUCAGUUUGAUUCUGUUUAUUAAACAACUCUAUCUCACUUACCUCGCCAAGUCAUCUACUCCUAGCAUCAGUCAUCCUAUCAGUGCGGCUGUGACCUCAAACCAACAGUUUUUGAAUGCAGCAGCACUUGGUUACAAAAAACCGCAGUUCGAACUGAUCAAAAAGACCAAAGGUAUUCUAGAAAGCGCAGUUGAUUAUGCGCUUCACCUCAGUGUUAAAUUUCGAAUUAAUGAGUACAUCGAAAAACUUCAGAAAAUGUACCCUGCAAUCAGUUUUGUACGAAAGUUUUACGCUACUCGCAAAUCAUUGGCACUUAAAUUGGAAUCUUGUUUGACACUUUCGAUGAAUGUUAAAAAUGCCAAGUAUGCGAAAGCGGCCAAGUUAGCUAACAUCACAAUCAGCGAACAAAAAAUUAGGUUUUCUUGCAACGACUCGUGGGGUUAUGAUACUUCCUUUUCUUGUUUGCAAAAUAUGAUGCUGGAAAAUGUGUCCGAACUUCUUGUCUCUAUUUUUCUGCAAUGUGGAGCUUCGUUUACUUGGAGACAACUCACUUACAGUGGAAAUGCUUUUUCAUCUGAGUACGGGAUAAUCCUGCAACAUCCUGACAGUUUCUCGAAGCUUAGUUUGCGUGUCGUGAAUAACAAACAUCUUCAGGUGAAAUACUGGAAACCUAGGAAAGUGCCACUGGUGCCAGAGGACAAUGACGUCAUUCAGGACUCGGCUCUGCACGAACUAACCGGAGAUUGGAUGCAGGUCAAGUUCGAUCGCAUUCCAGGAAAGGAUAUUUACGAGAAAUUCGAACACCUCUUUGCAACUUUCUUGUGACUCCGAAAUUAUGAGUUUAUUUUAGUGGCUUAUAGUGUAGUUUGUUCAAACAGUGUCUGUUUAAUUUACGACAAUCACCGUUA